UCUGCAUGUUCCAAUAAUAAUCCACACUAUCCUGUCUUGUCCUUUUAGUGACGUUUUCUAAUGUGUAAAGGCCAGUGCUUAUCUCAGCAACAUCUUGUUUAUGUCGGCAACAUCUUGCCUUGUGCAUAUAGUUCUUGCCAACAUCUUUGAUAUGACAAACAAAACAAAACAAAACACAAGGGCUGGUAAGAUGGCUCCAUGAAUAAAGGCCCAUGCUGCGAAGCCUGAUGAUCUGAGUUUGAUGUCCAGAGCCCAUAAGGUGGAAGGAUGGAACAACUGCCACACGUUGUCCUGGGAACUCCAUUCACAUCUCUGUCAUAAAAUGGAUUCUACAUCUUUAUUGCCAACAGUUUUAGAUGCAGAUCUGACAGUUUUACAUAUUGAGUGUCUUCCCAAGGAUAUGCUUGUGAAAUUUCAAGGCAAAAAUAACAGUGAGUGUCAGUUUGACUAUCACAUAUUGCAGAGGGAAAUACAGUAUGUGCCCAAAGUGAGGAGUAACAUGGCUGUUGAUGACUUCUGCCUGGUGGAGGAAAGAGUGACUGGAGAAUGGCAGAGAGGAAGAGUCGUGGGAAAGCAGAAUGAAGUCUACACAGUGCUGCUCAUUGACCGAGGAGAAGAACUGAGCGUGGAUGGUACUAGGGUAGCCUCUGCUUGCAGAAAGUUAUUUGAGCUCCCGCCCAGAGUCAUAUCUGGCAUUUUUGCCAACAUACUCCCACUUGGAGAGAAGUGGUCUCCCAGAGCUUUGAAUUAUUUCAGGUCACUAGUAGGAAUACAGUUGAAAGGCAAUAUGCAAACAAUUUUGCCUCUUCAAAUGUUUCUUCUCGAGGCACCCAAAGUAAUAUCUGGUGUUCUUGAACUACAAUUAGGAAGAUUUAUUGAUAAGGAUACAUUUCGUCUUAUUGUGGAAAUAUUAAAGGAAAACCCCCAGCCAAUGCCAGACUUACUGCAACAUAAAAGACCUGAGUUUUCAUUAAGUACGAAUAAUGGUACUUCCCUUGAUGUUCACAGUGUCCUAGAUAACUUCCAGCCAUCCUUGCCGGUGGGAAGUUUGGACAGCGUCAAAGUGUCAUGUGCACUGAGCCCCAGUAAAUUUUAUUGUCAACUACUUAAGCGGAUUCCAGAGCUAGAAGACUUGACCGAGUGUAUGAAUCUGCAUUACAACACAGUCAGUCACGAGACUGGCCCCACCUGUGAUAAUUUUGGACUCCUGUGUGUUGCUAAAGGGACAAAUGGGUGGUGGCAAAGAGGAGUCCUCCAGGAGCUCCUGCCUGAUAAUCAGGUGAGAAUUUGGUUCAUGGAUUAUGGUAGCAGUGAGGCCAUCCCCUCUGUUCAUGUGAAGAAACUGAAACAGGAUUUUAUUUUUGCACCGUUGUUUUCAUUUCCAUGUUCUCUGACAUGUUUACACAGUCCGGACCAAGAAGAAAGAAAGUGGCAACUGACUAUAUUUAAGCAAGCCCUUUUAGGACACAUAGUAUAUGCCCACAUUGAUUGGUUCAGUGAGAAUGAACAUUUGUAUUAUGUGACUUUGCAGUCUCCAGAAUCUGCAGUUAAUUCUCAGUGUCUGCUGCAGGGCACACAAAUAUGCUGUCCUGCAUUUGAGUCAAAUUUUACCAAUGCCUUGAGCAAGGCAGGCACUUAUGGGACAGACAGCUUUGCAGUGGAUAGUUUUAUUGGAAACGUUGAGCAGUCAGUGGGUGGACUAAAUGUAAAGGAUAAAUUAAAAGCAAGUUUUCCAAUUAGAACUGUAAAAAUGGAGGUAGAAUCUAUGUACGUAGCAUUUGUAGUGAAUGUGUUGGACCCAUCAAAUUUCUGGGUUCGCAUUAAUAAACAUCAGAACAAAUUUCAAGAUAUAAUGAAAACUAUAAAUCGGUUUUAUAAUGCGUCUGAAAAUGAUGACCUAACUCUGAGAAACCCUGAACCUGGACUAUUCUGUUGUGCCAGAUAUAGCAAGGAUAGAUGUUUCUACCGAGCCAUCAUCACAGAAAUGAGUGAUUAUCAAAUUAACGUUUACCUCCUAGAUUAUGGAAGUACUGACUCCAUACCGGUUUUUGAUGUGAAAGUUCUGCUUCCAGAAUUUUGUGAGUUGCCUCCCUUGGCCAUACACUGUUCACUUGCAUAUGUAUCUCCAGCAACAGAUGUAUGGAGAAAGGCAGCAAUAGAUUAUUUUAAAAAAAUCAUUUUGAACAAAGAAAUUUUGCUUCAAGUUAUAGCAAAAAGUGAUGACACAUACAUGGUGGAUAUUCAGAAUAUUGAAGCCCCUGACAAUAUCAAUGUUGUCUCUCUGAUGCUCCAAGCUGGAUAUGCAGACUCUACAGAGGUAGCAUUGGUUUCCCCCAAAUCUCUGAGAGACUAUUCAGUGCUAAAGUUAAAAUCUGAAGCUACACUUGGUGAUAGAAAUGUAGCCUCUGCCCCUGUCAAAAGAUCCAAGCCUGAGAAGUCUCAUUCCAAUAAGCUGAAAGAAAACAUUUCAUCUUUGUGCAGGUUCCUGGAUUUAAAUUCUUCUUUCACCCUGUUUUUUGAACCCGAGUCAUCACAGCCUUACAAGGAACAUGUGUUCAAACCAGGAAAACUUCUCAAAGUCUACUGUUCUUACUGCCACAGCCCAGGUGACUUUUCAUGCCAGCUUCAGUGUAAGUUAGAAGAUUUAAAACUACUGAUGGAACAAAUCCAAGAUUAUUAUAGCAUCUACCCAGAGCCAUAUCAGAAUGGGAAAGUAGCAUGUGUUGCUAAGCAUUCCAGAGAUGGCAGGUGGUACAGGGCUGCCAUCUUGACUCAAGUAUCAGAGCAAGAAGUUGAACUAAUAUUUGUUGACUAUGGCAAUCAAGAACGAGUCCUCAUUAAAGAUCUUUGUGCUAUCAACCCACAUUUUCUUGCAUUAGAAGCCCAGGCUUUCAGAUGCUGUCUCAACUAUUUAGUUGAGCCCAUUAAUUGUAAAAUACUAUACUGGACAGCAGAAGCAUCCAGAGACUUUGGAAAUUUCAUUUCUUCAUGUGGAGGCUUACUUACCUGUAUCGUGUAUGCUUUAGUUCUUGUGCACCCUAGAUGCUUAUGUAACUUAGUGGAUUUACAAUCAUCACUUACCAGUGCAAAUGAAUUCCUUCUUCGCCAUGGCUCCACCCACUACAGCAUCUUAUCAAGGCCACUCCCAUUCUCAGUUAGUCUUUACAGUUACUAUUACUCUUCCUUUGAUAUAAAGAUUGGAAAUGAAGAAGAUGUGUACAUAUCUCAUGUGUAUAGUCCUAAGAAGUUCUAUUGCCAGCUUUGUAGGAACAGUAAAGAUUUAGAGAUGCUGGAGACAAGAAUCACGGAAAUGAUUAGCCUCAAAAUGUGUUCCAAGUAUGAGUGGAACAGAACGAGACUGUGCAUCUCUAAAUACAUAGAGGAUGGGCUCUCAUACAGAGCCUUGGUGAAGCCAAAAGAGUCCUCAUCUACUCCUUGUGUUUAUUUUGUGGACUACGGGAAUGAGCAGUCGGUAGAAGAAAACAUGUUGUGUGCCAUUUCUGAUCAAUUUCCAGAGCUGCUAUUUACACCUAUGCAAGCAAUUCAGUGUUUUCUGUCAGAUCUUAGAGACAUUGAUAUUCCAGGAGAAAUCAAUAGAUGGUUUGAAGACAAUUUCUUAGGGAAACCAUUAAAAGCUGUAAUACUGUCUAGGGAAUCAGAUGGGCAGCUUGGUAUAGACUUAUAUGAUGGGUAUCAACAUAUAAAUCAGACAAUAAAAUUGCUACUUAAUAUUUAUGGAGAAAGACAUUCUGAGCAAGCAUGGUGUGCGGAAAAGAAUCAGAGGUUAAAUCAGGCAUCCUCUGCUUCUCUGAAAGAAAACACAGAAAGAAGCUGUUGCCACAGUGCAAUAAAUAAAACUAGCCUCAAAACACAUUCUGCAAACAAAACAAAAUUGAUGUUUUCCCAAAGCAUAUAUGCCAGAAGUUUGAAACCAUCAGUUUGUUAUAGAGUUAAGCCCAUGCCAAAAAGCUAAGUGAAGAAGUCCUUGAAGGGUAGACUUAAAAAUGUGAAACUUGCUUCCAGGUCUGCACUCAUUCCCUAAAGACAGUGGCAUGAGCCCCAAGUCAGGAGAGAAGGUAUCAAAAUUAUUUACCAAAGACUUAAAUCAAUCAGCUUCUGAAAGCCUGUGCAUCCUCAUUAAACCUCCAAUCACAGAGAUUCCUCAGCGCCACGU